AUGAUAGCAGCUGAUCUUCAACGAAUCAACAAGCCAGCUGUCAAGACAAUUCAUAGUCCUGACGGUGAUAUCAUAGAUUGUGUUUUAACGCAUAAACAACCAGCUUUUGAUCAUCCUUUAUUGAAAGGGCAAAAACCAUUGGAUCCUCCGGAAAGACUAAGAUGGCACAACCAAAUAGAUAAUUUAAGUGACAUCUUUCAACUGUGGAGUUUAUCCGGUGAAUCAUGUCCUGAAGGUACAAUUCCAAUUAGAAGAACAACAGAACAAGACAUAUUAAGAGCUGGCUCUUUAAACAGAUUUGAAAGAAAAUUCACCGAUGCAAGCAAUGGCCAUGAACAUUCAGUUGGGUAUCUUGAAGGGGGUGUCUACAAAGGAGCAAAGGCAAACUUAAACGUGUGGGCCCCACAUGUGGAAAGUCAAGAAUUCAGUUUGGCUCAAAUAUGGGUCCUCUCUGGCACAUUUGAAAAGGAUCUCAAUUCCAUUGAAGCUGGAUGGCAGGUCUCCCCGCAGCUCUACGGGGACAACCGCCCUAGAAUUUUUAUUUAUUGGACGGCUGAUGCGUACAAACACGGGUGCUACAACUUAAAAUGCCCAGGCUUUGUUCAAAUUAGCAAAAAAUUUGCACUUGGAGCUGGAAUAUCUCCAGUUUCUAAGUAUAAUGGACAGCAAUUUGAUAUUAUCUUAUCGAUUCGGAAGGAUCCAAAGGAUGGAAAUUGGUGGCUUAAUUAUGGACCUGGGAAUGGGAUUGCACUUGGUUACUGGCCAUCCUCCUUGUUCACACACUUGAAAGAUAAUGCAGAUAAAAUUCAGUUUGGUGGAGAAAUAAUAAAUACAAAGUCAUCAGGCUCUCAUACUUCCACCCAAAUGGGUAGUGGACAUUAUGCGGAGGAGGGUAAUGGAAAAGCUGCGUAUAUUAAUGAUAUACAAGUUCUCGAUUCAAAUAAUAAAGUGAUAGUAUCUCCAGAUCUCAAAUAUUUUGUAGAAAGCCCUAAUUGUUAUACUAUACAUAAGGAUGGAAAAUACCUUUACUAUGGUGGACCUGGUCGAAAUCAAAAAUGUACCUAAGGGAAUAUUAAAUAAUAAUAAUAUUGUCAACUUUGUUUUUGUUUUUG